GUCCUUGAGGAACCUAAACCACAGCCAAGCACCAUAAUGAGAAAAGCUCUCCUAGUAAUAUACUGCAUCGUCCUAACUAUAGGCAAAUGCGGCGGUCCACUUCUGAUGCUCGCCUACUUCAUCCAUGGUGGGAAACGAUUCUGGUUCUCGAGCUGGCUCACAACUGGUGGUUGGCCCAUCACCCUUUUCCCCAUCGCCUGUGCUUAUAUGUACAGUUGCAGGACCGAACCCACAGCAAAAAACAAGCUUUUCCUCAUGAAACCUCCCUUGUUCGUUGCCUCCGCAGUCAUCGAAGUCCUUACAGGCGUUGAUGACUACCUCUACGCCUAUGACGAGGCCCUGCUCCCCGUUUCAACUUGUUCUCUAAUCAUUGCCUCGCAGCUGGCUUUCACAGCUGGGUUUGCUUUCAUUUUGGUGAAGCAAAAGUUCACUUCUUAUUCCAUAAACGCUGUGUUUUUGUUAAAUGUAGGAGCAGGUGUUCUAGCUUUGCGUGCGAGCAGUGACCGAACUGAUAAUGAAUCAAACAGGAAAUACGCUUUAGGGUUUAUAAUGACUCUGGCUGCAGCGGCCUUGUAUGGAUUUGUUUUGCCCCUGGUGCAGUUAAUGUACAAGAAGGCAAAGCAAGACAUGAGCUACGCCCUUGUCAUGGAGAUUGAGAUGGUGAAGUGUUUGUUUGCUGCUGUUUUUUGCACUGUUGGGAUGCUGGUUAACAACGAUUUCGAGGUAAUUCCAGGGGAAGCAAGGGAAUUCGAGCCUGGGGAAACAAUGUAUUAUGCUGUUGCGAUUUGGAGUGCAAUAAUAUGGCAGUUUUUCUUCUUGGGAGCAAUAGGAGUAAUCUUUUGUGCUUCAUCUUUGCUAUCAGGCAUUAUAAUUGCGGUUCUAUUACCUGUAACAGAGAUUCUGGCCGUAAUUUUUUACAAAGAAAAAUUUCAAGCAGAGAAGGGUCUAGCUUUUGCACUCUCAGUCUGGGGCUUCGUUUCGUACUUUUUCGGUGAGAUAAAACAAACCGAGAAAAAGAAACCAACUCCUAAAACAGAAAUACCAACAGUUCCCAGACGUAUGGAAAGUGCUUAG